UCCUCGCAUCUGUUGCCAGCUCCAGUCGUGCCCAACGCAACGCGGCAGCACGUGCAGACCUCCGCCCACACUCUCCGGCACCAGCAGCGCGCGGCAGCUCGACCGAGCCAUCCUUCAACCACCUUACCCAGAACCGGAACACAUGGAGACCGCCGCGGCGACAUCCUACCCGGUGGCGCGGGACGCGCCGCCGCGGCCGGCGCCGCAGACGGCGCAGCUGGGCCAGGGCCCGGCGCGGCCGGGGUGGGGGAGCUGGGCGAUCCUGGCGCUCGCGUUCCUCCUCCUCUCCGGCAGCUUCGCGUGGGGCGUGUACCAGUCGCGCCACCGGCCGCGGAACCUCGCCUUCGUCGUCGUCACCUACUACCUCAUCGCGCUGCUCUACUGCUGCCUCGCCAAGCUCGACCUCCUGCGCCGCGACGACCCGGCGGUCGAGGCGGAGCGGUGGCGGGUCAGGAUGGCCGUCUGGUGCGUCUCCGUCGCGCUCGCCAACACCGUCGCCGCCCGCGUCGCCGACGCCAUGCCCAGCGCGGGGUUCAAGAUCGCCGUCUGGGUCUUCACCACCGUCUGCAUAGCCGUCGGCUUCUACUUCUUCUUCGUCCGUGCGGGCGCCGGGCGACGGACGCAGACGGACGGCAGGGAUCUCCGUGAGGUGUCCCCGGAGCAGAGGGUCUGAACUGUACCUGGACCUGGCUAUUGUUUCAUUUUCUUAAUUUGUAUAAAAUUAUUUUCCAUAGUGAUAAAUUUAUUGUUUUUAGUGGUAAACUGUUCUGCCAUUGUCGGUGUGAGUUUGACUCAUGAUAAUAUCUAUAGGAUAUUGACGAAUUUGUCUCUAUUAUUUUUGGUGUCGUUCUAUU